AUGCUGCUGAACCUGAACGAUGACUCGAGUGAAAAUGCCGAGGUACGACGCUCGCUCUGCGCGACCGGCACUGCUGUUCAUUUUCCGGCGGGUUGGCACCUGCAAUGCCAAAGCACCGAGGAACGGUUAAACGACCGCGGUGACGUUGCUUAUGUUUCACGGUCUGUGACUGAGAUCUUUCUUUUGCCUUCUUCUCUCACAGAGCUGCAAUUCAAGGUGAACCUGACACAAUCUCUGAACCCUCAGUCGACAAGCGAGCCCACUGAACUGCGCUGUAAGGUGUUCGACCUCCUCCACCUCCAAGAUGGCCGCCUGGGCGUGACCUGGUCUUACUCUACAAACGCUCCUGGAGAUGUAUCUCAGAAGAAAAUCACUGUAGCCUCCCUGAAUGAACAAGGAGCACUGAUUGCAGGCAGUCAGUACCAGCAGAGGCUGGACAGUGGGGACAUAGCAGUGACCAGGAGAGAGUCUAACAUCUUCAUUCUGCGAAUGCUUCAGACUCGAGACGCAGACAUGGGUUCUUAUUCCUGUGUGGUCACAGCAUGGAAGCCUGCUCAGCAGAGCGGAUGGGAAAAAGCAAAGGAGGUCCAGUCAGCGCCUGUCACUGUUCAGUGGACACCAAAAAUUCCAGUUUUGCAAGUUGUAGCCCAUCGUGUGAGAGAAGCCUCGACAGGAGGAUCCACAUUUGAGAUGAGCUGUCUGGUGACUGGUCAGAGCCUGAAGAAUCCCGGCUACUCUGUGCUCAUCCGCUUUGAGGAGACCUUGGGAGGAAAGUCCCGCAAAGUGUUGUCACUUAACCAGGACUCAGUCUUGCAGUUAGAGGAGUGGAGCGAGCCGAGCCGCAUCGACAGCGUGGUUCUGGAGAAGACCGGGCAGCUCGAGUACCGCUUCCGCUUGUAUGGGGCCCAAGUCACAGAUCGUGGGUUCUACUAUUGUGAUGUCACAGCCUGGACACGGGAUCAGAGCCAAGACUGGAUCAAAGCCGUCAGUGCGGAGUCCAACAAGAUUGAGAUCACUUUUGUACACACAGGCCCAGUGUUCAACAUAUCCAUUCAUUCAGACGCAAACAAUGUGUUCGGGGACACAGUCCAAAUGAAGUGCAUCGUAUCCAUCCUGGAAGCGUCCCGUUCCACAGGUGAUAUGGCAUUUGAUGUACGCUGGUUCCAGAACACACACCAGGCUUUAGAUAACGGAGUCCAGCCUCUCAUCAGUAUGGACCGCUGGGGAGUGGUAAAGAAGACCGGCUCCAAUGACACCAGUCUGGAGCGCACUGACCGACACACGUUUGUCCUGAGCUUGCACAAGAUUCAGGAUAGAGAUGUGGGAGAAUACUACUGUACCGCCACACCUUGGCUCCUGUCUCCUGCUACUGGUGCCUGGAACAAGGAGAAGGACCUAGCCUCGGCUUCAACAUUUCUAUCAGUCAAAACAGAAUUGUGGGAAUCCUUGAAGAUGCCAGUGGGAUACGGCUUGGCUGCUGCUGUGAUCGCCGGUGUUCUCUCUGUGCUGCUGGGUCUUGCUGUUGCUCACUGCUGUUUCUCCAGGAACCCCAUACACACGCCCCGUCCCCGUAACAAGCUUAUUGACCUAGAGAUGGAUUAAACCAGUCCCCCUUUUGCACUGCUGUGAUCCUGCCCAAACCACUUCGACCGACUUGAUGUAUUAUGCUUUGGGACAGAAUAUGGAUAUGUACAUUGUUUAAUAAGAGAUGGAGAACCUGACUAUGUGCACUCUGAGGAUUGAGCCACUCCAAUUGACAGCUCCAUAUUCCCACUUGGGAUGCAAUAAUACACUUAUUAUUCUCAGGAAUAGAGCCCUGACGGCCACAUCCAAUGUUUAUUUGUUUUGUUUUUUUCCCCUGACUGCUGAUGGGAUGAGAGCACCAGGAAUUAAAAAUUUUGUUGAGUGCAAAUUUGGAGCUGCACAAUGGCCCAAACCAGCAAUGUUACAGUUUUUACGGCUGAUUAUGAUGAUUUUAUAGCAUUUAAUAGAAAGGACUCUAAAGAGCCAAGAACUUGUCUGUUGUGAGUGUGGCACAAACUCCAAUUUUAGAUUGACCUUUUAAACCGCCGCAGUCCCAGAGGCUUUGAUUGUCACAUCGUCGGCGGACAUCCGCCGUGCCCCCCACCCUGCCUGCCUGUCAGAGUUAUGCUCGCAACAGUAGGGAACCUAAUAUGACUGACCACAGGCAAAAGGAUAUAUGGCUGAUGGAUGAGUGCUUCAAGGCUGCACCGCAUCAUUCUCAGAUCCAGAAGUGACCACUCGAGGGAACGGACCAAACAGGCUGUCAGUCCGUGGCUUGGCUUUAAGCGGCCUGCUUUAAAGAUCGCUUUAAAGCAUUUCAAAGGCCCUGAUAACUGAUAUCCACACUGUUGGCAUUAACUCAUUCCUCACUCUUUUUGCUGGUUCCAGUUUCCCAAACCUGCAUUUUUGUCAGAAAGCACUCAUUAUACUGACACAACUGACCCGCACUGACGUUAUUAUUGUAGAUCUUUUUGUACAAAUGCUCUCUUUAUCCACAACGUGGUCAGAUAAGUAUUUCUGAGAAGGGAAACUGUUGUUAUGAGCGUUUUACUGUAUCUCAGAGUGAGAGAGCUAUGCAGAGCCUCAUUUAUAGACAAAUGUCAAAAGGAAUUUCACCAAGAUGUUUUAUUGUAGUUCAUUUAUGGAUAUUAUUAAAUGGAUGUUUUUUUUCAAAGAAUUAUUCCUUUUUUAUUUUUAGUUGUGUGAAAUUUUAUGCGCUUUUACCAUCUCUCGCAAUAAGUAUUUUUUUCUGUUUUGUUAUUCAAUGACUGACAUUACUAGUUCUCAAUAGCAAACCAAGAAAACAUUAUUUCUCAAUAAUAAAUAAAAAAAAUAUAUAUA